AUGACGCCCGCCUACGUGCUUUGUCUGGCGAUCGUCGACUGGGACUGGGUGCCGUACAUGCUCAUGCUGGCUAUCGUAGGGGAGCACCUCGAGCGCACUGCGCUCGUCGUCCUCACCGUGGUCUUCAAGUGGCUACUGGUAGGGCGCGUGCGCCCGGGUCUGAAGGCGAAGCACGGCAACUGGAGCCGCAUGUGCCACUGGGUGGUGGAGACCCUGCUCGAGCGCGAUGCCUUCAAGGAGGCGCUGGAGGGAUUCAUCAACACCGAGGUGCUCAGGCUAGUUUUCGUGCUGCUCGGCGCAACCAUCGGCAGACGCGCAAGCAUGGACAUGAUCUCCUGCCGCACCCCCGACCUGCUCACCAUCGGGGACUACAUGCUAUUCGGGUCCAAGGUGGGCAUCGUCUGCGACGACGAGACGAGAUGGAAGGGAGUGCAGAUGUGCCGCGGCGCCAACGUGCUGGACAACUGUGUGCUCUGCCCCGGCGUCACCGUGGGCCAGCGCGCCAUCCUCGGCACCAACACGCUGGCGGCCCCGGGGCAGUAUUUCCCGCCAGACACGAUCAACACAGGGAACAAGGGUGGCCAGGCCGUCUUCCUGAGGAAGAAGGGCAGAGGCACCCCCGAGAGCGUGGCCAUGGAGGCCGACGCAAAUCGGCGGCUGGAGUCGCCGCUGGUCUGGACGCUGUUCAACGUAGGACUCUGCCUCACUGCUCUGCUGGAGCCGGUCUUCCGAUCUGUGAAGACGUUGCCGCUGAUGGCGGCGGUCCUUAUCGCGGAGGACUGGCAGCAAGGACUCGUCAUAUCUGUGAUGUCGAUGCUCCUCGAGGAGUUCCUGGAGGCGUUGCUGCUGUUCAUACUGAAGUGGUGCAUGAUCGGAAGGUUCCGGGAGCGGAGCGUACCUUUUUUUGGCAUCGACCAUUUUUUGUGGAUGGUGUGGUUGAUGAUCAGUUGCACCUUCAACCACCUGGACGGCUUCCACGGCACCGCGCUGUACAGCUCCUUCCUGCGCGCCAUGGGGGCCCAGGUGGGCAGAGACUGCACGCUCUUUGGCUUCACGCUGGAGUUCGACCUCUUGUCCAUCGGUGAUCGUGUGAACGUGGGCCUCGACUGCGACAACACGUGCCACACAGUGGAGAACAUGAUCCUCAAGAUGGUCCCGAUCAGGCUGGGCUCCUACAGCACCAUGCAGAGGCACAGCUUCGUGAUGCCCGGCGCGGAGCUCGGCGAGGGCGCGGUGCUGUUCGAGGAGUCCCAGGUCCUGAAGGGCGAGACGGUGCCCCCGAACGAGAUCUGGGCCGGCAACCCCGCGGAGCCCACGACGAUCCGCCGCCCGCGCCUGUGGGCCGUCCCGCCGGAGGAGAGCCGCGGGCCCUCGCGCCGGUGA